CCUUUGUGGAGAUGGAAGAGAAGAGAUCUAUGUGCCUGCGGGGCGCGGGCUUCCCGGUGACUCCCAAGGUAACUUCCCAGGGCUCCUAAAGGCGCCGGGCCCCCGCAGUGCGGGGCGAAGGGAGGGGGCUGCUCCGGGAUGGAGCUGAUGGUGCUGCUCAGUGCCCUGGUGACUCGCCUGCUCUUCGUGCUGCACUCUCUCAUCGGGGUCUGGAGAGUGACUGCCGUGAAGAAAGAACCCAAGUACUGGCUGCUGGCACUGCUCAAUCUUCUCCUGUGCCUGGAGACAGGGCUCACCCUCAAGUUUAAGCAAGGCAGAGGCUACAAAUGGUUUUCACCAGCAAUAUUUUUAUAUUUGAUUUGCACAGUACCAUCACUAUGGCUGCUAGAAAUUCAUCAUGGGACUCAGUACUGUGGUAAUGAGCCUGGGGCAGUUCAGGUGAAUGUCAGCAACCAAGACUUCAAUCAAUCCAGAGACAGCAGUCAUGGAAAUGAGGGAACGGAUCACCACAUCAUUCAGACGGCUAAAGUCUUUGUCAAUCAGCUCUCCACAAUCUGUGAGACUGUAUGGACACUGGCCCUCCACCAGACUUUUCUACUGCUACUAGUAGUUGGGAGAUGGCUUCUCCCCAUUGGAGUCGAAAUCACACGGGAUCAAUUGUCUCAGCUGCUUCUCAUGUUUGUGGGAACAGCAGCAGAUAUACUUGAAUUUGCCAGUGAAACCUUGGACAUUGAGGAUGUUCGGAAGAAUUAUGCUCUCAUAAAUGCAAUUCUUGCUGUAUGGACCUGGAGUAUGCUACAGUUUCCACUUGAUCUUGCAGUACAGCAUAUUGGCUGCAAACCAAGUGCAUCAUCCAGGCGGAUCCCCAGCCUGCUGCUGUGCAGGUACAGCGCGGAACUGUGGAACAUCUGGGUCAGCCUUUUCAUACAGGAUGGGCCCUUCUUCAUUGUGCGUUCAAUCCUCAUGGGCCACUUCAGAAUAUUCAAUCAGAUGCUGGUAUUUUUUACAGCUAAGAAUGUCUUGGUUGUGACUCUACAGUUGUAUCGUUUGGCAGUGAUAAUGUUCGACUUCCGUGCCACCAUCCUGCAGAAGAGCAGGAAAGGAGAGGUCUGUUGCUGCCCAUGUGAGCCUUACGAGGCUCGUGCUCAUGCUGCCAGUCACCACGACAACGAAUUGAAAGAGCUGGUUGCUUUUCCUCCAAAAGAGGAAUCCCAAGCUCCGUCAGAAGAUCACUGAGCAGUCACUGAGUUGAAAGAAGUUGCAUUUCCCACAGCUUCUUCAGAAGGGCUUUGCCUGUUUCUAUGAUCAAACACACCUUGAGUGCCUAAGUCACCUCUUCCACCAUGAGAACAUUAAUUUCUUCUAAAUUGUAGGGGAAAUUUCUCAAGCAAAUUCAUAGGAGUGGGACUUCCUUUUUAAUCCAUUUAUAUGGUGGGUUUUGACUAGUUUCAUAUUAUUAUUAUCCACAGGAUUUUGUAGGCGUAGUUUGUAGUAGAAAGGUUGUACCAAGAAAGGCUGGGUGCACUAACAAAAUUGGUUAUUACCAUUGGUGGCACUGUGCUAACCUAUGUACUUGCAUGUAUUCAGAUAGACAGACAAGCCUAUCCAUAUGGGAAGUACAAAAGCAUUUAGCUCUACUUGAAUGGUUGGGCUCUAACUCCAGUGUGACGAACAAUAUCUUCACUGUGUAUGGGAGCAACUUCAGCAGCAACAACUGUGCAAGUGAAGAGGGAUGACAAAUGUCUGCUGUUACUGUGACAUCUGAACAUUGUUCAUUCCAUAAAUUUAAGAAAACCUUCUUCAGAUGUUACCUCAUCCUUGGCUGGAUUCAGUUAAGAACUAUGCAACACCAUGAAACUGCAUAUGAAAGACACUUACAAUCUGCAUGGUCUGAAUAACCUAAACCUUAAAAGAAAACCAAAAGCAGCCUUAUGGAUCAUUAGGAGACAACUGCAUUUGCUAGAGGCAUUUUCUACAGAGUUGCUUGCCUUUCUAUUUCUACCAGUUAGAACACACGCACAGUUAGAACACACGCACAAAACCUCACCAAAAUAUUUGUAAAUACUUUUUUUCCCUCUUGAUUUCACUGUUCUUACAGGUGAGACAAGUUUUUAAAAUAUCUCCAUUUUAUAUGAUUUUUUUAGAAGUGGCCAGACCCAGGCAUACAGUCUCACUAGAAAGAAGAUGGCACUGCUGCUCAAGUUUGACAAGACAAUCUAAGCAAAAGGAUUCAGGCACCCACUUCACAUUUCAUAAAGCACCACAAGGUCCCCUGAAAUAACUUGAGAGAUUGCCUGGUCUGGUGAGUGUCAAGACCCAUUUUUAAGACAUGGCUACUAACUAUUAAUUUACACUUUUCACAUUUGGAAUGAACUACAUAUGUCCCAAUUUCUCCCAAGUGCACACUUGAGAUCAGUGUAAGGCCAUUGACUUUGCUGGACUUGGUUUAUAGAGGCUAAAAGUAAGAGAAGUGAUUUUUGAAAGUCCACCUAAAAAUUAAAUUCUCACACAGAAUGACAGGUGGUUUUUCAAAUUUCUACAUCCAUUCUGAAAGAGAGCAGAAAAGCAUAUAAAGUGACCUAAUUAAGGUAAUUUCCCUUAUGAAAAAUGCCCAAUUAAACACUGUUUUCUAAAGCCUCAGCCACCUAAAGCCAGAAUCUGUUUUCAGGAAUGAAUAAAAAGUGUUUCUGCCACCACUGCAGCAGUCAUACACUUAUUUAUCUACAGCCUGAGAAGCAAUGACAUUUAUUCUUUAAAGGUGAACCUAUUUAAAAAUUCCAAACCCCAAAGAUGUGAGUAUUUGUUUAUGCUUGUGAGUUUUUCUUACUGUUCUAUGCAGGAUCAGACUCUUCCAUUAGGAAAGAAGAAAAUGCAUAGCCAUAAAGAAGGAAGUCUCAUGUACUUCAUAGCCCUUUCUACCAUUCAUACAAUAGUAAUAAUGUGCAAUACCUCCUCCUCUUCUUAUUUUGGGCCUUUUUCCACCAGAAAUUUAAAAAAGCCUAUCAUUAUUUGCCAUGGUAUUGUGAUGUAGACAUAUGGAGAGUGGAAUGCAACUUCAUUAAGGAUUUUAAUUCAAGUCUAGAGGUAAAAUGUGACAUUUCUGAUGAUGAGCUGUGCUGUCUAAAACCUUUCACACUGGGAUGAAUUUAGAAUCAGUUGGUAGAACCACAACACAGCUCUUCCUUAUGGAUGCAAGC